AUGCCAUAUCACUUAAAGCCAUGUUUUUUGCACUUUGCUCAUUUCCCUGAAGAUCAUGAGAUAAAGGUCAAACAAUUGUGUUAUUCCUGGAUAGCAGGAAAAUCGUGCCGCAUUCAUGAUCUCAUGCGGAAUCUGAGCUUGGAAAAGGCUCAAGAGGAAAACUUUAUGCAAUUUGCUGAUUUGAGGAAUAAAGACAAUGUAGUAGCAAAUUCUAUGUCCUCUGCUGCAGAACCAAUAGUCUCUCAUAGUUAUAAAUCUGAUCAGAACUCUAUGGCUAAUUCAAAAAUACUGAAACCUCGGUUCAAUUACAUUCAGACGUGGAUGUUUAGUUCAUAG